CUGGAAGUUCAGACCUUCAACUCGAUGUGUCAGAUGGACUGCUGUGUGUGUGAAACAUUCAGCCUACUGAUGAGCUUUAACACAGCUUUGCUGUGUAACCACACGGGUUUGAGUCCCUCUGGUCCCUGAUGGCAUUCAGACAGUGGCGGAGGUGGCGAGCUGCUGGAUCUUCUGCCGGUUUCACAGAGAGUAAGGGCGCCGACUUUUACCAUCUAACUUUAGAUCUGGCUUAAAGACGGCUUCUCAAGUAACACGGCUGCAGUCUCCCUACUCAGCACAGGCUCCCCACCACACUCAGAAGUCAGAGCGGGAGGAGGGACGCUUGUUCACACGCCUCAUAACAGGAGCAUGCAGAGAGAGCACUUCUCAGUGGAAACGUUCCUCUUCAUUCUUCACCAUGACAGAAGAAGCAGAGUCGGGAGAGCACAUGUCUGCAGCCUCCGAGCCACAAACCCCACACUUCCUGAAGGAUGUUAUCUUCCACGGAAAGUUUAAGCUGUUGAAGGCUCUGACCCCGGAGGAAAACACCCGUUGCCAGCGGGGCCUCUUCUUCCAGGACGGUCAGCGACGCGUCGACUACAUCCUCACCUAUCCGGUGAAGAAGCCGGGCGGGGGCCGCUCCACCCGACAGUCAGUGCAUCGACUCACGGACAAUGCCAUCAACAGCCUACGAGGGCCUCAGAGUAAACCCCCACGCCUCUUCCAGGCUGACCGGGGCAGAGACUCUCCCUCCUCAGAGCCCUCGGCGGGGGCGGACGUGGAAACUGGCUGUCCGGCAGAAACCCUCAACACGCAGGAGGACGACAAGGCCUUCAAGAGGGAGGAGUUUGAGGAGAAGCUGAGGGGCAUGGGGCUGGAGCUGGAGAAGGACGAGGAGGGUAAAAUUCCAGGGCUGGGCUUUGUUAAGAUUCACGCUCCUUGGAGUGUUCUGUGUCGAGAGGCGGAGCUGAUGAAGCUGAAGAUGCCUUCUAAAAAAGUCUAUGAAGUCAAGCAGUUGAGUGGCGUUGUGAAGAAAAUCAGCUCUCUAGUCAAUAAGGUCCUGGAGCCACUUCACCCCCAUGUUGAGGAGCAUCAGAAGAAGAAUAUAAAGCACCUGUCGCUCACCUUCUCCAGGGAAAAGCAGCACCUGUUUGACCUCUCAGACAAAGAUAACUUCUUUGACAGCAAAACCCGGAGCUCCAUAGUUUUUGAAAUCUUAAAAAGAACAAAAUCCAAGGCCAAGUACAGCAUGGGUAUUACCAGUUUGCUUGGCAGUGGUGUUUACACGGCAGCUUAUCCUCUUCAUGAUGGAGACAUCAACGAAGAGAGCGCAGAGCCCAACGACAGAAAGCUGUUGUACGACGAGUGGGCCAACUACAGCGUCUUCUAUAAAUACCAGCCCAUCGGACUAGUGCGAAAGUAUUUUGGUGAGAAGAUCGGUUUGUACUUCGCCUGGCUGGGUUUGUACACCCAGAUGUUGAUUCCCGCCUCCCUCGUGGGCGCCAUUGUUUUUUUGUAUGGAUGUGCAACAGUUGACGACAACGUACCAAGCAUGGAGAUCUGCCAUCCGAAGAACAACAUCACCAUGUGUCCGCUGUGUGACCGAGUGUGCGGGUACUGGAAGCUGAGCACUUCCUGUGGGACGGCGCGCGCCAGUCACCUGUUCGACAACCCCGCCACCGUCUUCUUCUCCGUCUUCAUGGCGCUGUGGGCUGCCAUGUUCAUGGAACACUGGAAGAGGAGGCAGAUGAGGCUGAACUAUGAGUGGGACCUUACCGGCUUUGAGGAUGAGGAGGAGGCACUAAAGGACCAUCCCAGGGCUGAGUAUGAGUUCAGAGUAAUGCAGAAGUCUCUGAAGAGGGAAACACAAUCAAAGCACAAGGUGGAAAAGCUGACCUUCCGAGACCGCCUCCCGGCCUACAUGACCAACAUCGUCAUGAUGCUGCUGAUGGUUGGCGUCACCUUUGCCAUCGUGUUUGGCGUGAUCCUCUACCGGAUCUCCACCAAAGCCGCCCUUCACAUGAGCUCCAACCCCACUACGAGGAACCAUGCACAGCUGACCGUUAAAACCACAGCUGCCAUCAUCAACCUGGUGGUCAUCCUCAUUCUGGAUGAGGUGUAUGGAGCUGUGGCCCGAUGGCUAACCGUGCUGGAGGCUCCUAAAACAGACAAAAGCUUUGAGGAGCGACUGAUCUUCAAAACCUUCAUCCUCAAGUUCUUCAACGCCUUCACACCCAUCAUCUACAUCGCUUUCUUCAGAGGAAGACUGGUGGGCCGACCGGGCCGGUACCUUUACGUGUUUGAAUCCUACCGCAUGGAGGAGUGUGCUCAUGGAGGCUGCCUGAUGGAGCUGUGUAUCCAGCUGAGCAUCACCAUGCUGGGAAAGCAACUCAUUCAGAACAACCUCUUUGAGAUUGGCAUACCGAAGCUGAAGAAGCUGAUUCGAUAUAUUCGGUCAAAACCAGGAGCUUUCCAGGAAGACGAGAGGACGAAGAAGCUGCAGAGAUACGAGGCCGACCACUUCCUGGAGCCGUUUGCUGGAUUAACGCCUGAAUACAUGGAAAUGAUCAUCCAGUUCGGGUUUGUGACGCUGUUUGUGGCCUCCUUCCCGCUGGCGCCGCUCUUCGCUCUUCUCAACAACAUCAUCGAAAUCCGACUCGACGCCAAGAAGUUCGUGUCUGAGCUGAGGAGACCCGUUGCAGCGCGAGCAAAAGACAUCGGCAUCUGGUACAACAUACUGAGAGGGGUUGCAAAAGUGGCCAUCAUCAUCAACGCAUUUGUCAUCUCCUUCACAUCGGACUUCAUCCCUCGGAUGGUCUACCAGUACAUGUACAGCCCAGACGGCUCCAUGCAUGGAUUUGUCAACCACACACUUUCCUACUUCAAUACCAGUCACUUUGAGGCUGGCAGAGAAACCAUUGACCCCCUGCACCUGGGCUUCCCUGUGGAGGUUUGCAGAUAUAAAGACUACAGAGAACCUCAUUGGUCUUCCACUCCAUACGAGGUCUCCAAGGAGUUCUGGGCAGUUCUGGCGGUGCGGCUGGCCUUCGUCAUCAUCUUCCAGAACGUUGUGAUGCUCAUGAACGACGUUGUGGACUGGCUGAUCCCAGACAUACCCAAAGACAUCAGCCUGCAGAUCCACAAGGAAAAGAUUCUGCUGAUUGACCUUUUUAUGAAAGAGGAACAAGGAAAGAUCAGCGUGGGCGAGAGGAGAGCCCCCUCUACCCUGACGGAGAACUGCAGCAGGAGGAGCAACAGCUCAACGCACCACGCCAAGACGGAUCACCUGGACUCCACGCGCCACACAAACAGCACCAGCAGAUUCUGAGGGCGUCAGACAGUUUCCAUGAGUCAGUCUUAGUCAGUUAACAGGUUCAAACUCGCUGACAGCUGGUUCACUCAGGUCAGCCUGAACUCUUCUUUGUCCAGAACAUUCCAACAAUGGGAGACCAGCGGCCUGCCAGCUGUGUGGGAGGAACAGCUGAGAGUGUAUCUGUGCAUAAAUGUAUAUCCAGCCUUGCAUGUAUAACCAUAAAAGAGCUUUGCUGUAUGUGCCUGCUCAAACAUCUUCCUCUUUGUUCCAUUUGGUUUGGAUUCUGUACAGACAGAACCUUUUCCUCCAGUGACGGUCCUCUGCUCAAAAACCUGACUGCUGUUGGUCUGACACUCUGUUUUUGAAGAGUGGAGGGGACAUGUAUGAGAUCAAAUCAGGAUCAGCUUAAAGAGAAUGCAAAAAAAUGAUUGAAAAUGUGAAAAAUAGACAUUGUAACUGAAAAAAAUGUGAACAUUUUAAAACAGGACAGCUCAAAGCGCCACCCCAGUGUAAGCCAAAACUCAAAAUCAGAAUUGAAACUGUAAACUGAUGACUUGAAGUGAAGAUUCAGAAAAGCAAAAAAGUUGAAAAUCCAAAACAGCAGCUACCAAUGGAUGCAUUCUUUUCACUUAGUAAUUUUUAAAUGUAUUGUUUUUUAAUUGACGUUUUCAGUAUUUUUUUUCAAAUCUUUAAGAUUUAUUUCAAGUUUUCAUUUAUUUUUAAUUUUUUU